GUUGCCCCGCAGCUCUCGGCCUCACAGCUCCUGCUCUUCUAGCGGCUCCUGCGAUGCCUCCCAAGUCAGAAUGCAUGGCGCGCGGGCGAGGCUCACGAGGUCAGCGUCACAGAGGCCGCGCGAAGGACGCCCGAGCGAUAGGCUGGCGCUUGUUGCAGGCCACACCGCCGGAUCACCAGCCACCAGUUGCAGUGGUUGGUUAGCAGGGCAAAAGCUUAAAGCCUCAAGCAGCGGCCAGCAGGAGCGAGCAACUAAAGCAAGUUUGUUUGAACAGGUACAGCUAUAACCACAAGAGUCUUCAAUUCCUAUGUAGCCCUGCAUUGUUCGUGCAUGCUUGGUCAACAAUGGAUGACCCAGACCUCAAAAGGAAAGCUGCUCUUGGUUACUCAAAAUGUUAGCUAUCUCAUAAUUAAGGAGCAGGGAGGGGGCACCCAUUCCUCACUGAACCACCAACCACCAGUGGCGGAUCUAGGAUGCAAAAUUGGGGGGGGGGGGGGGGGGGGGGGCUGAUCCACCCCUGCCGACCACACCACAGGGCGGCAGCAAGAUUACUGAACUGAGCCUCCUCCUCUCGCAGGUCGCAGAGCAGCCAGCCUCCUCCCCUCUCGCAGCGCAACCAGCCCCGCAGCCCCCCACCAUCUCUUCUCCUCGAGUCAACAACAAAGCACCGGACUUCCACCACUCAUUCCCAUCGCAGAUCAAAGGGCCCUACCUCAAGUACAGAUGGGAUAGGAAAUAAAAUCUUUUCAUCAUUUGAGGACCUGGGGUAUCUCCGUUGAUCUGAUCCGCUGCACCAAAGUGCUGACGAAAACAUUCGUGAACUGAAUCGACAGCUACAAGAUCUGUUGGUCCAAAGAUUAAGUAUGGAUUGUUAGGGAGCGUGAGGAAUUGCUGGAUGGAGGAUUUUGUUGCGUAGCCACCUGGGCAGCAUGAUGGCCUGCAGUUUGGACUGUAAAUUAUUUCCUAGUCCUACUGGUUUCAGAUGUAGCUCCACGAAUUACCAACUGCAUAAUCCCAUAAAAUUUCUUGUGUUAGAUUUCAGACUUCCGAUGGCUAACCACUUCAAACUGUCCAAAUAUUGUCCAUCAGGUGUUUGUCCGUCCACUUCCUUCAGGUUGUCUGCACCUCUCCAUUGAUAGCAUUUCUUGAGACCUUUAUCCAGUGCUAUUUACCAAUUACUGCUAGCUUUUUGGUUCUGAUUUACUUGUCUAAAGCCUGAGCACUUGCCAUAGUAUCAUAGGUAAGACACUUGCCACCCAAAGCCAUAGUAUCCUGCUCAUAUUCUGUGCAGACCUUGCAAAGAAAUCCUCAGCUUCUCAUAUAAUUUAAAUAAGUAUUUUGUGAAGUCCUAACAAAAUUAUCAUAAUGUGAAAGUAUUAGCAGACAAGUAGAUAUCUAGUAUAUUUUUUAUUAUCAUUACCGUAAAUUUAUUCACGCUUGAUGGACAAUAUUUCAGUUAAUGUGUUUACCAAAGAGAAUCAAUUUAUUGGCUCCUGAUCUAUGCUAUGCACUAGUUCUUCCUGUGUCAUUUAUUAUUUCAACAAUGUUUUACUUGGCUGGUGAUAUAUGAUUUGCAGCCUCUCUUUUUUUUUCUUUUUGCUUGUGGAUGGUGGAUAUAGGCAUGUACAUAGAUGGACAAUAAUCAGCAUGAAUUCCUUUAUUACUGUAUGUGGAGGCAAAAGGCCCUAGCUGUUCUUGUUCUACUGUUGGUCUUCUGGUGGAGGAACUAAAAUGACAAGAGGACUAGAGCCAAACGUGUAAAGUAUGCUCCUCUUAUGCAGAGGGAUAUCUGGCGUAGUAGUGAACUAAUUAGGUUGGUUGACACCUCCAAUGGAAUAUGUAUGCGCGAGCUGAGGAUUGCCCGGUCUGUGUUCUACAAGCUUUGUUCUGGGCUUAGGGACAGGGGGCUAUUACUUGAUACAUUUCAUGUUUCAGUGGAGGAGCAAGUGGCUAUGUUUUUGAAGAUUGUUGGGCAAUGUCACACACACUCCUCUGUAGCCAUUGCACAGUGGAGAUCUGGAUGGACAGUUAGUAGCAUGGUUAAGAAAAACAAAGUUGGAAGUGCUGAUGUUGUAUAUCGUGAGAAGUACAAAACAUGGACUGAUGACAGCACUGAGUUUAUGCUUCAGUGGUAUGUUGACUACCAAAAGGACAAACCUGCUACCUUUAGGUGGAAGCAACACCACCAUCAUCUGUGUGUAGAAGCUUUGAAUGCCAGAUUUGGAAUAGGAGCUACCAGACAUCAAGCUUAUCGUCAGUUCAGGGCAUUAAAGGAGAAGUGGAACUGGAUAAGCCAAGCUUUGGCCAAGAGUGGCAAUGGUUUUGAUGCAGCGUCUCGCAAGUUCAAUCUACCAUAUUCAGAGAAACCACCUUCCAAGCUUGGGCUCAUGGAAGAGCUAUUUGGAGAAUCUGGCCAAGCUAAUGGAUCCUUAGCUAUUGACCAAUACACUUCAGAUGCAGAAGAUGAUAGAUCUGAAACAGAGACUGAUGAUUCAUUUACUGUUGAGCAUGGUGAGAAUAAUUCUGACACUAUUGCUCGUAGCAAUUCACCUGAUCUAGCCUUCAGUUCUAGUCUCAAGCACAAAAACAUGAAAUCGCCUAUGAAGAAGCUUCGAAAGCACAAAGAAAAACGUGCCAACGCACUAGAGAAUGAUAAAAUUGCAUCAAGUAUUGUCAUGCUGGCCAAUUCUGUUGCAUCCACUGCCCCUGCACCUGCUGAUCCUUAUGCUAAUCUUUGGAAGCGUAUUGAGGAUAUACCUUUCCCACCACGGGAUAAGGUUGAUAUUGCAACCUUUCUUUCCAAGCCGGAGCAGAUGUACUUGCGCAACUACUUGAAUGCUGCAUCUGAUCAGUCAUUUGGAUCCUGGGUAACUGAUUACUUAGGUGCCUAGUAUGGUGCUAGUGGUGGGUAUGCAUGUGAAUAUGGUAGCUCUGAGUGAAUAUGGAUGCUGCAGCUUUUGGUAUUUUGGACGUGCUGUAGGUGGACAUCAUAUCGAUGCACUUGCUUGUGCUAUUUUGGAAGUGUUGUCGGUUGACAGGAGCAUGUUUCUGUAACUUGUGCGACGUAGAACUACUGUAGGUGGUCAAGAAAGAUGUACUCCUCCAGCAUAAUAUUAUUUUGUGCUAAUCAAGGUGGCUGGACUUCAUGAACUCAUUUGUAUAAUAUGUAAAUAUAUCAUCAGUAGGCCCGAACAGUUAUGUAAAUGACAUGUUCUAAUAUUAUAUGAUAGCAUGAAUCAUGGACA